AUGUGCGCUAGAAUUCAUGACGCUGCAUUCUAUUUUAUUGACACUACCACGGACGCUGACAUGCAGUCAGUAACUGAAGCCAGCGAUUGUAGUUUUAGAAGGUAUGAAGGGCUGCGUUUGCAUUCUUUGAAGCAGCAGGUUACAUCUGCAAAAGAAAAUUGGGGCGGAGAAAUGGAAGACAAUGACAGAGAUUUGGGAGUCAGUGUUUAUGAGAAGGCAAACGCUCUCUUAGAGAACAUUGAGAAAGCCGAAUCUGAAAUGUGGAAAGUCAAAAGCAAAGAGUUUGAAAAUACACUUAAACGUGUGGUUAUGCAAUGUAAUGACAUUUUGAGGCACAUUGCUUCUUUUCAACUGCCACCUGUGUAUCCCUGGAUGCUGGAACUCACUGACGGCGGUCCUGGAGUUGGCGUAUCAAGUGCCGAAUGUAGGUGGCGUUUACUUGAAAAGGCAAGAAUCCAUAACAGCGACAAAGUGCUUCGAAUUCACCGAGCAAGAGAGGAUUCGGGCCAAAACGAAGCGGAAAGGCUCAAUGCUUGCAUAGGAGACGCUCUAUGUGAUGGAGGAAACCUCAAGUGGCAGAUCUACAAGCCGCUUCAUGGUUUGUCUGUGGAUGAGAUUAGUUCUCUUACAAAUUCAGAGCUUGAAACCCAGAGGAAAGCAAACAUGGAAAAAAAUGCUUGGGCUGUAGCAGAAGAAGUAGUUCGUCGUGUUGAUGAUGCUCCGGCACCACGGGGAUACAUGUCGGCAAUGAUGGUGGAUAAGCCAGAGGAAAUGGUUUUCUAUAACCGCGAUUUUAUGAAGCAGUAUCACGAUGCUCCGAACAAUAAGAAAAACACUGUUCCAGGUCAUGGAUAUUUUGCUAAACUAGCUUCAUUUGAAGAGGAGCACUGCGAGAAAGGGGAACUGUACAUGGAGUACAGAAGAAUGUCUUGUCAAGAGAAAAACGGCGAGCUAUGCGAAUACUGUCGAGCAACUGAUUUUUUAAGUCCUACUUCCGCUACACCUACUCCACGACCCUAUCUCGAUUACAGCAAACUUCCUGACUUUCACUACCUACCAGGUACGAAAACACCAACGACUGGCCGCAAACCUGAUGAUUAUCAGCCUAGAGCUCAAAUAAAACAGAUGUUCCAAGAGGGUACGCUCAAAGCCGGGGAUAAAAAUGCAAUCAAAGAUUUUUCUGAAAAAUAUAUUGUUUCAGAAAAGCUAGUUGCAUACUAUAUUGAUCAUCUGACUGACAUUGAACUAAGAAAAGAUAAGCGGCGAACAGAGAAUGACAGAAAGAGUACAGCAAGAAAGGAAUACAAUGACAUUGACUGGGAAGAUCUUUAUCACAAAAACCAAUUGUCAACCCUAAGAGUAGGUGAACUUGAACUGUAUAUUAAUCAUCACAAUAUUCUAUUUAAAGGGAAGAAAGAUGAGAAAGUGAGGGUUGUGAAGGCUCAUAUUGGCAGUAAGCAUUCCGCUAGCCUCUGA